CGGGCCGCGCCCCUCCCGCCGCCGGCUGCCGGGCGGACGCGGGUCUGCAGGCCUCGGGGAGCGCGUCGCCGGCCACCCGCACGGCCUGGCCAUGACCGACCGCGGGUACCCUCUGGAGGCGCCGCCGCUGCCCGCCGAGGUGCGCGAGAGCCUGGCCGAGCUGGAGCUGGAGCUGUCGGAAGGUGACAUCACUCAAAAAGGGUAUGAGAAGAAAAGGGCAAAGCUGCUGGCGCGAUAUAUUCCACUUAUUCAAGGAGUAGACCCUUGCCUGCAAACAGAGAAUCGACUCCCAGGGCCCUCCCUGACCAUGGCUGCACCCAAAGCACAGAAGUCCCGGCCCACCAACUCCAGGGAUGAGCGCUUCCGGUCAGAUGUCCACACUGAGGCCGUGCAAGCAGCUUUGGCUAAGUACAAGGAAAGGAAGAUGCCUAUGCCUUCAAAAAGACGUUCAGUCCUUGUGCAUUCGUCUGUAGAGACCUACACCCCUCCAGACACGUCGUCCGCCUCAGAAGAUGAGGGCUCUUUGCGGCGACCCGGGCGACUCACCUCCACUCCGCUCCAGAGCCAUCUCAGCGUUGAGCCCUGGCUCGACCGGGUCAUUCAGGGCUCGUCCACCUCAUCCUCUGCAUCCUCCACCUCAUCUCACCCGGGAGGGAGACCCAGCGCUGCUCCCAGUGCCGCCGCCGCCACGCUCGCAGGCCUUGCAGCCCACACCCACAUAGCAGAUCUGCACUCUGCCCCUCCUGAUGUCACCACUGGCCUUGUGCCGCAUCCACACUAUGAGCGGCCACAAGUGGCCUCGGUGAGAGGUGUUCCUCGGGGGUUCGGUGGCAGCAUCCUGGAAACGGCAGAUGGUGUCCCUGUGAACAGCAGAGUGUCCUCCAAAAUCCAGCAGCUUCUGAACACCCUGAAGAGGCCAAAGCGCCCUCCUCUGAAGGAGUUCUUCGUGGAUGAUUUUGAGGAAUUACUGGAAGUUCAGCAACCUGAUCCAAAUCAGCCGAAGCCCGAGGGAAGUCAGAUGGUGGUGCUGAAAGGAGAGCCCCUGGCGGUGGGGACCCCCUGGCCUCCAUCCCUGCUGGCUGCCCUGCAGCGGUGGGGCACCACGCAGCCCAAAGCCCCCUGCCUGACUGCACUGGACACGGCAGGGAAGGCUGUCUACACCCUCACCUAUGGCAAACUUUGGAGUCGGAGUUUAAAACUGGCUUAUACUCUUCUUAACAAACUGACCAGUAAGAGUGAACCACUGCUUACGCCCGGAGACAGAGUGGCACUCGUGUUUCCAAAUAGUGACCCUGUGAUGUUCAUGGUUGCAUUUUAUGGAUGUCUCCUGGCAGAGCUGGUUCCUGUCCCCAUCGAGGUGCCGUUAACGAGAAAGGACGCAGGCAGCCAGCAGGUUGGGUUUCUGCUGGGCAGCUGUGGAGUCGCCCUGGCCCUCACCACAGAUGCUUGUCAGAAGGGCCUGCCCAAGGCACAGACAGGAGAGGUGGCGACUUUCAAAGGCUGGCCUCCCCUUGCCUGGCUGGUGAUCGAUGGGAAGCACCUGGCCAAGCCCCCCAAGGACUGGCACCCUCUGGCCCAGGACACAGGGGCUGGGACUGCCUAUAUUGAGUAUAAAACCAGCAAAGAAGGCAGCACAGUGGGUGUCACGGUAUCCCAUGCAUCCCUACUGGCGCAGUGCCGGGCGCUGACCCAGGCGUGUGGGUACUCAGAAGCUGAAACAUUAACAAAUGUGUUGGACUUCAAAAGGGAUGCUGGUCUGUGGCAUGGAGUGUUAACAAGUGUCAUGAAUAGGAUGCAUGUUGUCAGCAUCCCCUAUGCACUGAUGAAGGUCAACCCGCUCUCCUGGAUUCAGAAAGUGUGUUCCUACAAAGCCCGAGCUGCACUGGUGAAGUCUCGUGACAUGCACUGGUCACUCCUAGCUCAGCGAGGCCAGAGGGACAUCAGCCUCAGCUCCCUGCGCAUGCUGAUUGUGGCCGACGGUGCCAACCCAUGGUCUAUAUCUUCCUGUGAUGCCUUCCUCAAUGUCUUCCAGUCCAGAGGCCUGAGGCCAGAGGCCAUCUGCCCUUGUGCCUGUUCUCCUGAGGCUCUGACGGUUGCCAUCCGCAGACCGCCUGAUCUGGGAGGACCUCCUCCAAGAAAAGCUGUCCUGUCAAUGAAUGGCCUGAGCUACGGUGUGAUCAGAGUUGACACUGAAGAGAAGUUGUCAGUCCUGACCGUUCAGGAUGUUGGCCAGGUGAUGCCUGGAGCUAGUGUGUGUGUUGUGAAGGUAGAAGGUAGUCCUUAUCUCUGUAAAGCUGAUGAAGUUGGAGAAAUCUGUGUGAAUUCCAGUGCAACUGGGACAGCAUACUAUGGGCUGCUUGGAAUCACAAAGAAUGUGUUUGAGACUGUUCCGGUCACGGCAGGAGGAGUCCCUGUCUCUGAGAGGCCUUUCACCAGGACAGGCCUGUUGGGCUUCAUCGGUCCUGAUAACCUGAUCUUCGUUGUGGGCAAGCUGGAUGGACUGAUGGUUGUGGGAGUCCGAAGACACAAUGCAGAUGAUGUGGUGGCCACCGCCCUGGCCGUGGAGCCCAUGAAGUUUGUCUACAGAGGCAGGAUCGCUGUGUUCUCUGUGAGCGUGCUGCGUGAUGACCGGAUUGUCCUCGUGGCAGAGCAGCGGCCGGACUCCUCAGAGGAGGACAGCUUCCUGUGGAUGAGCCGAGUGCUGCAGGCCAUCGACAGCAUCCACCAGGUGGGCGUGUACUGUCUGGCCCUGGUUCCUGCCAACACCUUGCCCAAGGCUCCUCUUGGAGGGAUUCAUGUUUCAGAAACCAAACAGCGCUUCCUGGAAGGGACCCUGCAUCCAUGUAACGUGCUAAUGUGCCCUCACACGUGUGUUACCAACCUUCCCAAACCUCGGCAGAAGCAACCAGAGGUUGGACCAGCCUCGAUGGUCGUUGGGAACCUAGUUGCUGGAAAGAGAAUCGCGCAGGCUUCUGGGAGAGAGCUGGCCCACCUGGAAGACAGCGAACAGGCUCGAAAGUUCCUGUUCCUGGCAGAUGUGUUGCAGUGGCGGGCACACACCACCCCUGAGCAUGCACUGUUCCUGCUGCUGAAUGCCAAGGGCACGGUCACCAGCACUGCCACCUGUGUCCAGCUACACAAAAGGGCUGAGCGGGUGGCUGCCGCCCUGAUGGAGAAGGGCAGACUGGAUGCUGGGGACCAUGUAGCUUUGGUCUAUCCCCCAGGCGUGGACCUCAUCGCUGCCUUCUAUGGCUGCCUGUACUGUGGCUGUGUGCCUGUCACUGUGCGGCCCCCGCAUCCUCAGAACCUUGGUACCACGCUGCCCACUGUUAAGAUGAUCGUGGAGGUCAGCAAGUCUGCAUGCGUCCUUACCACACAGGCCAUCACACGGUUGCUCAGAUCCAAAGAGGCAGCCACAGCUGUGGAUGUCAGGACCUGGCCGACCAUUCUUGACACAGAUGACAUACCAAAGAAGAAAGUGGCCAGCAUUUUCAGACCGUCCUCUCCGGACAUGCUCGCAUACCUGGACUUCAGUGUGUCGACCACUGGGAUAUUAGCAGGAGUGAAGAUGUCACAUGCAGCCACAAGUGCCUUGUGCCGCUCCAUAAAGCUGCAGUGUGAGCUGUACCCUUCAAGGCAGAUUGCCAUCUGCCUGGACCCCUACUGUGGCCUUGGCUUUGCCCUGUGGUGUCUGUGCAGUGUCUACUCGGGACACCAGUCAGUGCUGGUUCCCCCACUGGAGCUGGAGAGCAACGUGUCCCUGUGGCUGUCGGCCGUCAGCCAGUACAAGGCCCGUGUCACCUUCUGCUCUUACUCAGUGAUGGAGAUGUGCACCAAAGGCCUGGGCUCGCAGACAGGUGCCCUCAGGCCUGUGUGCUGUGGGCCAACUCCUACCCCCCUGCAGAUGAAGGGUAUAAACCUGUCCUGCGUGCGCACAUGCAUGGUGGUGGCCGAGGAGCGGCCCCGGAUCGCGCUGACGCAGUCCUUCUCCAAGCUGUUCAGAGACCUGGGCCUCCCUGCUCGUGCCGUGAGCACCACCUUUGGGUGCAGGGUCAACGUGGCCAUCUGCCUGCAGCCCAACAGGCUGGGAAAGCUGGCUGAGCAGGGCACGGCUGGCCCAGACCCCACAACUGUCUAUGUGGACAUGCGGGCACUACGCCAUGACAGGGUACGUUUGGUAGAACGAGGUUCUCCACAUAGUCUGCCGCUGAUGGAGUCUGGAAAGAUCCUCCCUGGGGUGAAGGUCAUCAUUGCACACACCGAGACCAAGGGGCCCCUUGGAGACUCACACCUGGGUGAGAUCUGGGUAAGCAGCCCCCACAAUGCCACCGGGUACUAUACAGUCUAUGGGGAGGAGGCCCUUCAUGCUGACCACUUCAGUGCCCGGCUGAGCUUUGGAGACACCCAGACUGUUUGGGCAAGGACUGGCUACCUCGGCUUCCUUCGAAGAACAGAGCUUACUGAUGCCAGCGGAGAGCGACACGAUGCGCUGUAUGUUGUUGGGUCUCUGGACGAAACGCUUGAGCUGAGAGGCAUGCGGUACCACCCCAUCGACAUUGAGACAUCUGUGAUCCGAGCUCACAGGAGCAUCGCAGAGUGUGCCGUGUUCACCUGGACCAACCUGCUGGUGGUGGUGGUGGAGCUGGAUGGUCUAGAGCAGGAUGCAUUGGACCUGGUGGCCCUGGUGACCAGUGUGCUGUUGGAGGAGCACUACCUGGUGGUAGGCGUGGUGGUCAUUGUGGAUCCAGGCGUGAUCCCCAUUAACUCCCGGGGGGAGAAGCAGCGCAUGCACCUAAGGGAUGGCUUCCUGGCCGACCAGCUGGACCCGAUCUAUGUGGCCUACAACAUGUGAGCACCAGGCAGCAGAGCCCAGGGAGGAGCCGAAGAAAGUGUGAGGCGAGGAGAUGCUACAGUGUCCCCACCCCUGGAAUAAAGGGGCCCAGUGUCCUUAAAGGUUUCCUCCUUCCUGUGCUUUUACUGAUCCCUCUCAACAGUUCUCAACUCCCAUUUUAGAAAGCAUUUCCUGAACAAGCUAACGAUAUAUUUUGGUUCUGCCAAGUACAUUUACAGAAACAUGAAAGCCAGCAUUUUUUUUAAACAAGCAAGAGAUUGAUUGAUUGUAUUUUGUUUUAUCGUGGUCCUGGGGAUUGAACCCAGAGCCUAGUGCGUGCUAGGCAAGCGCCUAACUGAGUAACAUCCCCAGCCCUGGAAGCCAGCUUUUUAACAGGUGGAGUGACUGGGAAGGAGAGGAAAGACCUGGUGUGGGCGCUUGAGAAGUCACAGAUACCACAAUUGUUCUCUGUUUGUACUUUUUAAGGCUAAAAAUGUAGUUCUUGGUUUAUAAAAUUGAACUAUUUAUCCCCACCUCAAAUGGCAACUUCACACGUGGAAUUUAUUCUAGAGAGGACUUAGCGGCCUUGAGCACAGCUGCCUCUUCUGUUGCACGGGGCAGAGCCGAGCACAGCAAGGCAGGGAGAGUGGUGCCCACCCUCCCUGCAGACCCGCACUAAGUGCUGCUUCUUUGCCAGUUCCAUCAUUGAGACAGAUGUGCCAGUUGUCUACGUAUGUUGUCGCCAAUACUCAGUAAGUGCCAUUUUGCACUGUCAAGUUAGAGCCUUUGUUUCAAAAAGAUAAACCAGCAUUUAGUUUUAAAUCAUUGUCCUGUUUUGAAACUUCAUGCUGUUUAAAUUGCUACUUUUCAUAACAUUACAACAUUCUUCUUAUGGAAGUAUACUGAGUGAUUUUUAUCCCAAGUCAACAGAUUUGAUGGCGGUCCAGGGUUGCCCCGCCACUGCCUGUCCUUGCAUCCCGUGCAGUUUUGGGGCUGGGAGCCAGGGCCAGGGGCCAGGGGUUGGAGGCCACUGUCCCAUGUUAAUGGUGGGGAUAGUGACACCCUCACUGGCUUUUGCAUUUUGAAUUGUGUGCCUGUAAAAUGUGGCAAACCAUUUUAGUUAUUUCAUUCAAACUUGAUUAAGCUGAGUUAUCUAAUAGUAUACAGAACCUAAAUCAAAGAAGGGAAUGUAAAAUCCUUUGGAUACUUCUAAGAAAUGGAAGUCAAGCACGAAUCUAAGACAUAGAUUAUUUUUAUAUAGCCAAUUAAGAGUAUGUUAUGAAGUUGUUGGUUUUGGGGGCAUUAGCGGUGGGGAAGUUUAUGAAUCAUGCAUGCUUCACAGGAACAACCAGGUUUUUCUGGAAUUAGCCUGGAUCAGUGCCUGAGUAGCUGUUGUUCACAGUGGGUCUGGCCAGCGGGGCCAAUGCCUGUUUUACCCUGGUUUGACUACAGAUAGCACUGUGUGCAGUAGCCUUGUAUGCCUAUGGCAUUAGACUGUGGUGUGCUAUGUUGGACAGGUUGGAGUUCUAAUAAUCCUGUUGUAAUUAUGUACAGAAUCCAUGUAACAUAUUGUUUGGCAUACAGAGAUUUUCACAGUGGACUAAUGGACAUUCUUUGCAAUAGAGUGGCUGAGAAGAGAACAGCGCUACCUAAUCCCAGUCUUCUACCUAACCCCGAUCUUCAUGUUGUAGAUUUUUUAGCAAACAAAAAUUGUAAACAUUUUGUAUUAAGGGUCAGUGGAAAUAAGACACUAUCUGGUAAAUUAAGAGUUUAGGGAGUGCAUUAAAAUGUUUUGAAAUUAUUCUCUGGGAAUUAUGUAUAUCACACUAAAAUAUUUUAUAUCAUUAUGUUAAUAAAAGUUAUUGAUGGUUUGUAAUUCUGCAUUUUGAAAUGUGUGAAAAGGUUUUAAAAUUUACUCCAAAUAGGAUGUAUUUUAAUUAUUUUUUUCAGACUGUGAAAGCAGUUAUGCUUAUAGCAUAAAAUCUAGAAAGCACAUUUAAGUGUUAAGAAAGAAAGUAAAAAAUCUAUAUAAUCUUAUCUCUGACUAAUAACAGCAUUAGUAUUGACAUAAAUAUUCUCAGGGAUUUACUCUAUCCUUUAAAUAAUUUUUGCAAAAUUAGGAUCAUAUACUUAUUUUAUAAUCUGCUUUUGUACUCAAUAAAUUAUAAACGUUUAAAUCUGUUA